ACGUACCCAGUCGACGGCGACGGUCGCCUCCUCGCAGACGUGUCCGACGGACCCGGCGGGGUGCCCCUGCGUAAACGGUGGUUCCUGCUGCGUCGCGGGCAUCCUCGAGUUUGUGUGUGUGCGUGCGGGCGCGUUUGGGGCAACGUAGCGAGUCUCUCCGGGGGAGUGCGCCGACCGUCUCGCGGCUGGCUUGUUCGAAUUCGCCCGCAGGCAACGAGACACCUGCCAACUGUGCUACGUCGUACAGCGACGACGGAGAAUCGCAGUCGGAGUUGGAUCCAAACCAGCUACGCCGUGCAGCAGGAGGCUACAACGGAGGACUGCCGUAAAGCUCUGCGCUAUCUGCGCUAGCUCGUCACUUGAGAGAGGAGGAGGAAGCUCAUUUCCUUUCGUACAAGGGUCAUCGUGCCUACGGAACCGCUGCACUCUCGAGUUGGAGAAGGAGAGCUCGGUUUUCGAUCGCUUCGUUCUCUCUCUCUCUCUCUGUUUAUGGUAGUUCAAAAUUUGUUCAUUCACUCCUUCUCGAGCGUGCCAGAUGUGACACCGAUUUGCUCGAACCCCGUGGCUCGAACCUACAGCUCUGUGUGUGUAGUACGUGUGCAGGCGUUGAAGCGGCAGAACUCGAUCGACGUCGUGACAAAUCGUGCGUUGUCAUUGUUCGUUUGCCGGCCGCUCGUCCACUCGCACGUCGUGCGUGUUUUUUACGCCGGUCGCAGAGCCGCGAACGGUUGCGUAAGGACCUCGGCGACGGAAAUUAGGCCCCGACGCGCUCUGCAGUGUUUAUCUUUACGACCGUGACGCCCAUGGACAUUGUAUGCUCGAUUCCCAUCCCGUGCCGACCGAGCAACGUGUCUAUCUUCUGCCCUUCAAACACCGUACCGUGCACCCCUCCCCCCACCCCCACUUUUUUUUUGUUCCUCUUUUUAGGCGAGAAGACACCAACUGUUCGAGUUCCCAAACGCCGUCGCGUCUUCCCUCCACUGCACGCGUAUACGUUAUCAACAGCAACACGCGUACACGGCGACCGUGCGUAUUGCGACUGAAGGCCGAGCACACCUGUACCGGUCGGCACGCGUGCAACCUUAGAUCGCCGCCUUCUGUCGGCGUUACGACGUUCGCGCGCGGUUGUGAAACGUGCACGCUGACGCAGUGUGUGGGAAAGAGACAACUCAGGACGGAGGUGUGGUCUUCGACAGACCGUUGUGUACGUACCAGUUCCAGUUGCGGCCACCGUGCAUGCUUCCGGGAGUGCAUAGAGUGAUCUGCGAAACACGUCACCCAGUCGUCGCAUUCUGUGUUGUAGCUACAGUUCCGGACGAACGAUCCUUUUUGGCACAAAGCCUCGCGUCCUUCAGGAAUCGUGGAGACCGCAUGCCCUAUUUUGGGUAAGGGUCACAACCGUUUCGGGUUUCGACGACGGUGUGUGCUGUGAAGUGUGCCUCGCGAUCGCACGUCUGUAUGGUCGAUUCUUGCUACUUUGAUUGCUGACCUGGCUUUUUCGGAGGUCGGAGCCUUUGUCCGCGAGUAACGCAUCUUGUAUGCUCUUUCUGUCCUGCUGACGCGCAAGAAACGUCGUCCAGGAAACAACGUUGCCCUUGUUCAACUCUUUCACGGACCCCGUCCGAGUACCCCAGACUGCCCUUUUAUAACAACUACGCUGCGUUGUCAACUGCGCACAUACUCGACAGAACGAUCACGGGACGUCGCAGGCCUGUUUCUGUUGCGCUUUGAAUAAUCAGCGAGCGAAGGGUUCGCGUCGCCCUGUAUAAGAGGCUGGCGUAAGCAAGUACGCUGCCCAGCAUCCUGCAGGAUCUGUAAGCUGUGACAUUCAUAUAGGCCUCUGCGAGCCCUCGGGUUCGGAAUCACAACUCCGAGUGCGACCUUGUCCUUCUCCGGUAGACACCCGCAAACUGACCGUCAGAACCAAGCACCUGUCUUCGUGUUGGUUACAGUGCAACUCCGAGUGCGACCGUGCCCUGCCCUCAGAAUCAAGUGACUGUCGUCUGGCCAACGCUGUGGCUCCAAGUGUGAUCGUGUUCUGCUUCUGUGCCAUUAUACCGGACCUCAGGGUCAAGAAUAGCUCUCGUCGAGUUGAACACAGGCCUGCAAACAAUUUGCGCGCUCUCCGAGAAGGCCUCGUUCGUCAUGCAGCAUGCCAUCGCCAGGGCACGGACGCUGUUCAAGACUCGUCCCCUGUUGGCCAACGUCGUCUCCUUCGGCUCCAUGUACAUCGGGGCCGAGGUGGUCCAGCAGACGAUACUCCAGAAGCUGGACCCGUCUGUGCGCGGCUACGACUGGCCGCUGGUGGGCCGGUACGCCGUGGUCGGCACGGGCAUCUACGCGCCGGCGCUCUUCUACUGGUACCGGUACCUGGACCGCGUCUUGCCGGGCAAGCUGGUUGCCGUCGCGGUCAGGAAGGCCCUCAUCGACCAGGUCUUGGCGUCCUCCACGCUUCUGGUAGCCUUCUACACGGCCAUGAGUGCCAUGGAGGGCAAGGAAGACAUCUUCGCGGAACUUAAGGCCAAGUUCGUACCAACGUACAAGCUGAGUUGCUGCUUCUGGAUCCCAGCGCAGUGCUUCAACUUCUUCCUGGUGCCGCCCCACCUGCGCGUGGUGACGGUCGGCAUCUGCUCGUUCGCGUGGGUCAACGUCCUCUGCAUCAUGAAGCGCAUGACCAUUAAGACGCAUGAGGAGGACGCCUAGAGCGACGACCACCGGGAGGAUUGACGUCACUACCGCUGACGUCAAGCUCAUCGCUCGCUCGCCCGGACGUGACGUCACAGCAUGUGACCGAAAAGGAACCUCGCAAUGGAACGACGUCAUGUCCGCCGCAAGGAAACGACCGACAGUUUGUUAACGUGCCUCUAGUCGUCCGGGCGUCAAUCAAAAGACGCACAUGUACCGCGCAAUGCCUUUCUUCGACCGAACUGUUACUUCGUUAACGGGUAACGUUCGUCGUCGCCACGAAGGAAAAAAAAAUUGCCUAUACCGACUGAACGUUGACGCGCUCCAAGCGAUACGUGUUGCCUCGUUGUGUGCUCUACUCAGUUUCGGUGAUGUGAACGUCGCCUCUCUGGCGCUGACGUGAGGGGGCUUGAGUUGGAUUACUCACGGAUAACUUUUUGUGGCAGCGAAAGAGAAGCCACGGAAGCGAAGCGGGUGACAGCGCUCCUGAGUGAAGUCCCACAGUCUCGUUUUGCGGUUGCUUAAAGUGGAGAACAGGGAACAGAAACAUCUCGUUUCCGUUUAGCACUUACAAUAAGAUGAGGCACAAAAUACACCCGUUGGUGUUAAAAUUUAAUUUCAUUUUUUUCCCGCUUUGAUGUUCGGCGUUUUGGCAAACGUGAAACCCUCGCAGGUAGCAAGGCGACGCUGAUUCCGUAUCUCCUUCGCGAAACAGAAAGUGCUAUCGGACGCGGCCGGACUACUUGGCGCAGUGAUACAUGUGCAGAAUGUCCGCCCCUUUUAGCUUUUCCUUCACUGUCACAGAAAGUUGUUCGCGAGUGUGCUUGAAUGUUUGGCCUCUGUGUAUAAAGCGUGCCUGCAGUGAGCCGCGCAGGUUGCGGGAAAGAAACUGGGACGUUUGUACUGGCCUGUUGAAAGAACCGUGACUGCUUUAUCUUGUUCUGGCGGUCGACAGUCAUCUAUAUUUACAGCCAGGUGAAGCGGAAGUCUCUUGAGAGCCUGCUUCUCGCGCAGUAUACCGUAUAGCCGCCAUGUAAGAGGCGUGAGCGGGAUUGGACUUUGUCCUGGUUGUGUGUCUCCGUGUGCCGUCUUUAGCGCAGUUGUUCGUACAGCCUGUUGCGAAGUGCAAACGCCGUAAGUUUUCAACAAAGCCUAUAGGACCAUUUAGAUUUCUAGAUCACUGUGCGCCUUUAUCAGCUGCCGUGCCUCUAUUUGAACGUCACAUUAGCUACAGGAUUUGCCCUUGUCAUUAUAUCGUUUUAUUUGA